AUGGUCUUUUAUUCAAAAUCUUUUUCUUUUACUUAUUAAAUUUUAAUUUCUUUUUAGUCUUUUUUUAAUAAAUUUUCAUUUAUUUCAUCUAACGAAAUAUCAGACUCACUGCUUGGUAAGUUAUCUAAAUCUAUUUUGUUACUUCCUAGUUCAUUUUAAUUUGAGUUUUCCUAGUUAUCAUCUUCAGUGUCAAAGUAUUAAGUAGUUAUUUCAUAUUCAAUUGGUUAAUUUUAGCUGUCAGAAUUGACAGCAGUCCAUUAAUUUAAUUUAUUGUCAUAAAAUUUCGAUUUUCUGUAUGCAGGAGUACAAUUUUGGCUAUCAUCAUUAGAUUAAGUCUAAACACCUUUGUCUUCCUUCUGA